AUGCCAGGAUGCCUCGAAGGUCUCCACGCUAUUGCCACUCAUAUCGUGAAAGGUGUCGAACAAGAUGCCCUCGUUAGAGAUAUCGAGAAGCGAGCCAAAGAUGUCUUCACCAGGGAGGUUGACGCUGCUCCCGGAACCCGCAUCUUUUACAGCAGCAAAAACCCUACUCCAAUCAUUACCAUGAAAGAUGGAAAGUUUUCAGCCGUUGAAGCAAUGGCGAUUGGAAACGGAAAGAUCUUGAAAGCUGGUACUCUCAAGGACGCUAAGAUUGCAGCACCCUCCGUCUCGGACCCAACUGACAUCGGAGGCAAUUGCAUCGUGCCUGGCUUUGUGGAGCCUCACCUUCAUAUCAUGACCUCAGCAAUGUUGGAUAAGUUCCUCUUGAACUGUGACCCGCUCAAUCCAGAGAUUGGCGGCACUUUCGAAGGUACAAUUAAGUUCCUUCGGAAAGCCGUCGGGAAGCUCGAAAAGGGUGCAUGGCUGCUUGGAUAUGGCUAUGAUCCGUCUCGAUUGGAACCACAUGAAGGAUCGUUCAGAGACUUGACGCCGGAUCUGUUCAAGAAGGAGAAUCUGAAUGAGAAUCCCAUCCUGAUCAUCAACGCCUCUGGUCAUAUUGCUUACGCCAAUUCCCUCGCCUUGACUGAAGCCAAUCAGCCCGAACCUGCUUCGGGAGUUCUUAUCGAGCCAGCUGCGUUCCAACCAAUCAUCACCAAAGCACUGCCAAGUCAACUUAUAAAGUCCUUUGACAUUUUCGAAGGUCUAUUCAAUGUUUUGAAGCAAUGGAGCGCCAAGGGCUUCACCACAGUCUUUGACGCGGGUGUCGGGCUCUCUAUCCCCCAACUCGAUGCUCUCAUACUGAGCGCGUUGGCGGUAUGUGCACCACUUCGCAUUGCCGGAGCAGCUGCAAACAUGACACCUGGUGAAGCUGAGAAGACUGUUGGAAAGGGCAAUAUGCCGCCAGGCGGCGCAACACUGUUAAAGAUCAAGACCAUUAAGCUCUGGAUGGAUGGCUCAACUCAAGGCUUCACAGGUGCUCUUGAGGACCAAUACAAGAACAAGCUGCUGCCGGAGUACUUCUGGGGAGCACCGUGGGGAUGGGCGCGUUGGAAAGUCCGCAAGACGUGCCAUAUCACACCUUUCACACAGUUCGACAUUUUCGAGGAAAUGAAGACAUGGGCAAAGAAAGGUUACCAGUUGAUGGUCCAUGUCAAUGGCGAUUGCGCUUCUGAAGUUGUGCUCGAUGCUUUUGAAAAGCUCCAGGCUGAGAUCCCCGACUCUAAGGUUCAACAUCGACUGGAACAUUUCACUGUUACUCAAUCAAAGCAGAUCGAACGUGCUGCCAAGCUCAAUCUCUAUGCCAGUCACACCAUCGGACAUGUAAAGUACUGGGGCAAUACCUUUGACAAAUACAUCCUUGGUCCCGAGCGAGCAGGCCGCAUUGAUCCACUCCAGGACGACGUCCAGCAUGGCCUUGUCUACUCGUUGCAUAGUGACUCUCCUGUGUCGCAGGCUGAUGGACUGUCGUAUGUUAGAACUGCUACAACCAGACUGAUGUACGAGAAAUCACCCAAUGAGCAGCCGGAGAGAGUACUUGGGGGUGAUCAAAGGGUUACGGUGGAACAGGCUUUGGCAGGCAUAACCGUGAAUCCAGCGCGUCAAAUACUUCUUGACGAAGAGAUUGGGACGCUUGAGGAUGGGAAGGACGCCAACUUUGUUGUUUUGAGUCAGGACUUGACUUCAUCCUCGCUCGAUCCAAAAGACAUUAGCAGUGAUUGGGUGCUGGAAACUUGGUUUAAAGGACGUCUACGUUCACCACGUGGGUAA